UUGCCCUUUUAUCGUGAUAUCAAGGUGUCCAGAAACCGAUGGGGUGGCUCGCGGAAUGCGACACCAGGCACUCGACGUCCGUUUCAGUUCGCAGCUUGUAUCAGUUCUCCCGGCUUCCCUGCCACCACCCUAAAUCCUGAGCGAGACGACGAUGAAAAGAAUUUCAAUUGUCAUGGAGUUUUGUCUGGAGACUCGUGUACAUCGUGGACGCAAGAGUUUAGGGACCAAUACCCGUUAAGAAACACGACAGAGCUUCCUCGAGCAGUUGAUGAGAACAAGCCAAGACCUACCCCGACAGAGUACCUCUCGAAGGCACUUCGAAAUACCGGACACCCUCUCGGAAAUAACGAUCAACUGACUCGAGUUGUUGAUCCAUCAUUUGUUAACUUGGAUCGACCUGCUUCGAAGCUCUUGCUUUCAAGACAGCAAGGUCCACGGUCAACAGCAGGUCGACCGGGGCGACUUUGCCUACAAACCAUUCUUGGGGAGUACCUACGACUUGUCGAUUCAUGUCUCUCGCACACAGGCAACACCAAUCACGCCGAUGGCUUGGAUAUUGCAUUGAAUGAAGUUUUCAGACCAGACAACUACAACUACUUGAAGAUACGGGGCUACGAGGUCGCAGACGUGGCAGCAUGGGCGUGGGUCUUGAAGAGCCAAAAUUCCCACCAAGCUACCUUGCGAUUGUUCAUGCUGGAGGCAGAUUACAGAGCCCAACAUGGCACCGACGCACCCGGUGUUCCUCCUUUUAUUCCACUUUUUCUCCUGAAGCAACAAAGACUGAGCGCGCACACAUUUCGACUGCUUCUCAUUUAUUCCCUCCAUCUCAUAAGCGGGAAGUCUCUACCAGCUGUCACAAGCCUUGUGGGAGGUGAUAGGAUUCGUAUAGACCCCAUCCCCGAGAACUUCCACCCGAAAAUUGACCCAACCACGGGUAUGACUUUUGUUGUUCGUUUGAUUCGUCAUGCCCGACUAGUGUGGCCUCGCGCACUCCUCACCAUUGCGCGCGCCUUUGCGCGUUUCUUGACGACCCCGAAUACGGACAAGUCUGCAACAGUUCUGAGGGCACAGCGAGCUGAUCGAUUCAGAACUGAGAAGUUCAACAGUUGCCUUUGGUUAUUGUCACUACCAACCAAUAUUGCACCAUUUCGUUCGACGUCGAUCCAGCAACAAGCUCAAUUUGAGCUCCUCCGAGCCAUGGCUGCCUAUCAACCGGUCCUCCCGGUUACGCGCAAAGGCUAUCGAGCGGUUGUGGCUAUUCAGCUAGCUCACAAGAAGACCGCUGAUGAGCGUCAAUCUGCCGAACUCAAGGCGCCGUCGUGGCCACCCUGGAAGGAAGCAAAACUGGGCAUUGAUGCUCAACGUGGCAAUGAGGGAAUGGUCAGUCGGGCUAUGCAUGUGCUUUCACAGAUGAGGGAGGCUGGCUACUCCCACCAGGUCUGGGAGGAGAUAUCUGCUAUCUUGGCAGGAUGGGACACAGAUCGCAGCCCGACAGUGCAGACGAGAACAUUGGUGCGUCGGCCGCAAUAUGUGUCUUUUGCACGCAGGCACGAUCCCAAUAAUUACACAAUUUGGGUUGCGCGGAUUCGCGCGACACGAACGGUGCGCGAGGCUUGGGCUUGCUUCUUGUCUUACCAAGACCACAACCUUCCGCCCAAGGGUGCCAUCUACGCUGCUAUGGCAGAGAAGUUGAUAUACCGCAGAAAGGCAAUUCAGAGCGGAUUUGACCGGACAAGUCAUGCUCUACCAGGCGACAGUCCUGAAGUUCAUCCCGAGCCAGCUUCUGCGCGCGAUUUGAUCUAUGUUCAUACGGAACCGCCGACAUUAGAGGAAUUUCUGGAGCAGAUGCUCUCAAAGGGGUUUCGGCCAUCUCGAAGGUUCCUAGCCUUGCUGUUCCAAUCAGCGCCGUCUCUUCAAGCGGGAUUGCAUUAUCUUCGAUGUAGUGACUUGACAGAAGACCAAGUCACACUUUUGUCGACGGUGUGGAGUCAACCACACGAAUACGAAACCCCGAAUAUCGCACCUUUGCUGGCGCUGCCCGAUUUUGUUUUUGCUUCGUUCAUCAGAUUCCUGUGCGUGCAUUCCGGACUUAGCGGAUCGACUGCCACGGCCAGAGAUACUCUCACAACCGAUCGCUUUCCAGUCAUCAUGGCUGACAGGGCACUGAACGGCCCCAAAACAACGCUGUUUGCCCUUGGUGAAGAAGAAUCAGGGACUCAGCACCCAAGAGCCCUCUGGCAUGCGAUUCAGUUGACCCGGUUGCGUCCAGCCUGCACUCCGGCCUGGACUCAUAUUCUCUCCGCCUUGACUCGUGAACGGCUCAGCAAACCAUAUCGGCAACGGAACCGAAGCUUCCAGCGCAUAAUCAUAUGGCACGAAAUUCUUCAAGUGUUAAGUUGGAUGAGAGAGCAUGAUGUGGAACUCGGCAUGGAGGGUUUUGUACCCUCUGCUGCGAUCAAGCACCCUGAAGCUGUCGCAGAGAGCGUUCGGAUUUUGCAAAGAGCGACUUCUCACAAUCCAGUGAUGAAGACCGACGGGGAUGAUCACUUCGACGCGAUGGUUCGGACGGCGCUUCACGUCCUGAAAGGCCAAUUCGAUCACCUGGUUCUCCCGGCCUCAAGAACUUCGGGGCUAGCGGAGCGAAGUAUUUUCACGGUGGACGAUGCGACCGAUUCAGCAAUCUGUGUACCCACCCUUCUUCAUGCCCCAUCACCUGCUAUGCUCCACGCAUUUGUUCGAGCUCUGGGAACUGUGGGAGACGAUGACGGACUUAUGCAUUUGUUGCACUGGAUGAGCCAGUCAGCUGCUCAGUUACAAGAAACCGCCGAAGAACAUUUGAACGGCGAAAGGCUGAUGCGACGGACCCUGGUGGCGAUCCGGGUGUUCCUGGAGCGACUGCAGCGACGCUCCGUCGAUGGCGCUCGGGUACCGUCGGGGUCCAUCCAGGAGGCAUACGACCUCGUCAGUCGGACCCCGUGGGAAUGGCCAAGCGAUGCAGAGGUGGAGGAGUACCAGCAAUGA